CUGCUCUGCUCGCCCUUGUCUCGUGGAUCGACCCUCAGGCUAAGCGGCAUGGCGGUGCUGCCAGCCAUGCCACGCGCGGGGUGGAGCUGCCAGAGGCACAGCACAGGGAGGAGGCGAUGAGGGCGGUGUGGGAGAUGGCAGGGGCGGACAGGCGCACAGCAGAGCGCCUCAGGCUCGGCCUGGUGAUCCCAGAGGUGGUCAGCUGGGAGCCUCGGGUGAUUCUCCUCAAGUCCUUCCUCAGCUGGCAGGAGUGUGAGGCGCUCAAGGCGAUGGCGAGGAAGGCCCUUGAGUCAUCCACCGUUGUUGACUCCUCCUCCGGCAAGAGUUACCGCAGUGAGGUGCGCACGAGCAGCGGCAUGUUCCUCUCGCACUCCGACUCCGCCCAACCCCUCGUCAAGCGCAUCGAGGAGCGCAUCGCUGCCUUCUCCAACGUGCCGCCUCAAAACGGCGAGCUCAUCCAGAUACUGAAGUACGAGCACGGCCAGCACUACCUGCCACACCCUGACUACUUCUCGGAUCAGGUGAACGUGCGGAGGGGGGGGCAGCGGGUGGCGACGAUGCUCAUGUACAUCGAGGCGCCGGAGGACGGCGGCCAAACCAUCUUCCCCAACGCGGGCGGCAGCAGCAAGUGUGAGUGCGGCGGCGAGAUGAAGGAGGGCAUCUGUGUGCGCCCAGUCAAGGGCGAUGCCGUGCUCUUCUGGAAUGUG